GGAGCAGGCCCAGCUGGCGGAGUUCAUGCUCCAGCGCAUCAGCCGCGCCGUCGGCAUGCUGCGGCCAAGAGAGGUGCCCUCAGCAGAAGGAUCCCUGUUGCUCCGCGAGUUCACGGACAGGAUGGUGGUGGACGUGUGCGCGGACCUGCGGCAGUGGCUCGAGCAACUGGCCGUGCUGAUAUCGCUGUACCACAUCCACGUGCUCGACGCGGACUGCACCCGCCGGAGGCUGCUGGCGCUCUGCGAGCAGCAGCGCCGGGAGAUAGGACGACUGACCCAAGACCGCGACAAGGCCCAGCUGGCCUGCAGGGCCACCCUCGGCAGCAAACGCGCGAGCUCGAUGCGGUCGCGGGCCGACCAGCUGUUGGGCAAGAGCACCUCGCAGGAGCAGGACAGCUACACUCAUCAGGAGCUGCUGGCGCUGCAGCAGGAGUGGGAGGCCGAGCGGCUGACGCCGCUGCUGGACGAGGUCCACGAGCUCAGGAGCAGGGGGC